GGCUUCAGCUCAAAGCCCAUGCCACUGCAACCUAGACCUCUCUACUAGCUAGCUUAGCUACUAAUCAUCUCUGAAUUAAUCUGCUUACUACUCAUGCCAAGCCUGAAUCACUACAGAUACUUAGCUGCUGUUCUUGACAGAUCCAUCUCUUCUUCCUCCUCUUCUUCUUCUUCCUUGCCUUCAACCUCAAAGAUGAAAAUUGGCAAGGCUCCGGAGCUUCUGAAGAAGGCGGCGACGAUCGUGAGGAGCAAGGCCAGCACCGUCAGGGCCAGGCUCCUCAUCGUCGCCUCCCUCCGCCGCAGGAUGGCCAUGAUCGGCGCCAUGUCGCACCGGAUCCAUGCUCUGAUGGUGGAGAAGGAGAAGGCCAGGGUGGACUACUACAUCAAGAACAAGAACAAGAACAAGAACCAACAUGCGCUGCGAAAGGUUGUAGUCCAUGAUGAGAUGGUGAUCACCGACCAUGAUCGCCAUCUCUCUGAACUGGCAAUGUUCGAUCAAGAGGAUCAUCAUGGCUACAGUACUGAUCACUGGACUCACUCGCUCUUCAACGAUGAUGACGCAUGUUACAGUGAUGAUCAAGAUGAUUGUGGUGAUGAUGAUGAUGAUGAUGAUGUCCAUGGUGUUCUAUUCGGUGCAUUUGACGAUGGCGAUGAUGAGCCAUCGGUCAUCGAUGUAAUCAGGAGCAACCGGGAGGACGAAGGGCUGGAGUUCAACAUAGACGAUGAGAUCGAUCAGGCUGCAGAUAUGUUCAUCAGGAGGAUUCGCAACCGGAUGAACCGGAGUGUUUAGAGUGUGUAUGAUGUGUGUGGAAGAGUAUUACUGACAAACAAAGUGACAAUAGAUAGUUAACCAGAGUGAUGAAAGGACAUGGAACUUAUUGUAGUAUUUGGAAAUGUAGCUCGGCUCGAUUAAUUAUAUUUGUGGUCAGUUCACCAUUGCUUCA